GGGGUGGAGAGAGAGAGUGAGAGUGUGCACGCUCGGGCGAUCAGUGGUAGUACUGCCUGGUUUAAGAUAAGGGAGGAGCUGUAGACCACAGACAAUCUGAGAUACAAACACAGUAUCUCAUCUCUGUAUAUAUAAUUGAUGAACUUUUGCUUCACUAGCUCGGUUCGGGGUGCCCAAGUGCGCGUGUUGCCUUUGAAGGAUAUGUUCCCAGUCACUGUUAGAAACCGGAGGAGUGUGUAUCUCGGCUCAGCUCCCUUCUGCAGGGGCUAGCCUGAGCGCCUGUACCACCUCUCGCUGUCUGCCCGACUUCGGUUCCUCAACUUUGGGGUGCCAGGCUAAGGGAGCCCCGGCAACUCGCAAGAGAAUGCCGGUCAGGAAGGGACUGCUGGCUCCUCAGAACACUUUCCUGGAUACCAUCGCCACCCGCUUUGAUGGCACCCACAGUAACUUCGUUCUGGGCAAUGCUCAGGUCCAGUCUCUCUACCCCAUCGUGUACUGUUCGGACGGCUUCUGUGAGCUGACUGGCUAUGCGAGGGCGGAGCUCAUGCAGAAAUGCUGCGCGUGUCACUUCCUCUACGGGCCAGAGACCAGUGACAAGCUGAUCGCACAGAUCCAGAACGCACUAGAUGAGCGCAGAGAGUUCAAGACAGAACUGGUGUUCUACAAGAAGACAGGAACCCAGUUCUGGUGCUUGCUGGACAUCGUCCCUAUUAAGAAUGAGAAGAGCGAGGUGGUCCUGUUCCUGGCCUCUCACAAGGACAUCACCGACACCAAGAAACGCCUGGCAAGUGGGAACAGCUGUGACACUGGCGACGAGGAGGGUCAGGAAGUGUACAGAGACACGCGCCCCCCCGGGUUCAAUGCCAACCGCCGGCGCAGCCGAGCCGUUCUGUACCACCUGUCAGGGCAUCUACAGAAACAGGAGAAGGGCAAGCUCAAGCUCAACAACAAUGUGUUUGGAGAGAAGCCCCCUGUCCCAGAGUACAAGGUUGCAGCCAUUCAGAAGUCACGCUUCAUCCUGCUGCACUAUGGCACCUUCAAGGCGGGCUGGGAUUGGCUGAUCCUGCUGGCCACCUUUUACGUGGCGGUGACCGUGCCCUUUAACGUGUGCAUCAGCGUGGUGGGAGGGCGGGAUGACUGGAGCUCCGCUUCUCGCAGCCCCCCCAGCGUCAGCGACAUCCUGGUGGAGAUCCUGUUCAUGCUGGAUAUCCUGCUGAACUUCCGGACGACCUACGUGAGCAAGUCAGGCCAGGUGGUGUACGACCCACGCUCCAUCUGCGUUCACUACGCCACCACCUGGCUCUUCGUGGACCUGAUAGCAGCGCUGCCCUUCGACCUGCUCUACGCCUUCAACAUCAGCGUGUAUUUUGGGGUUCACCUCUUGAAGACGGUGCGUUUGCUGCGUCUCCUGCGUCUCCUGCAGAAGCUGGAGCGGUACUCUCAGUACAGCUCCGUGGUGCUCACUCUGCUCAUGCUCAUGUUCGCGCUGCUCGCUCACUGGAUGGCCUGCAUCUGGUUCUUCAUCGGCCAGAAAGAGCUCGACCUGCACAAGCCAGGCACAUGGGACAUCGGCUGGCUCCACGAGCUGGGAAAGCGCUUGGGCUCCCCUUACGUCCUGACCCCGCUUCUCAGAGCUCCUGAUUCUGGGAAUGUGACGGUGCUCGGAGGAGCCCCGCAGAACUCUAGCCAAUGGAAUGUGUCGGGGGGGGAGCUGCUGGGCGGAGCGUCCCUGAACUCCAGCCAAGGGAGUGAGUCGGCUGCAGAGCUGACGGGAGGGCCCUCUGUUCGCAGCUCCUACGUGACAUCACUGUACUUCGCUCUGAGCAGCCUGACCAGCGUGGGCUUCGGGAACGUGUCUGCAAACACAGACGCAGAGAAGAUCUUCUCAAUCUGCACCAUGCUCAUUGGAGCUCUGAUGCACGCGGUAGUGUUUGGUAAUGUGACGGCGAUUAUCCAGCGCAUGUACUCACGGCGCUCGCUCUACCACACGCGCACCAAGGACCUGAAGGACUUCAUCCGCGUGCACCGCAUCCCCAAGCAGUUGAAGCAGCGAAUGCUGGAGUGCUUCCAGACCACCUGGUCCGUCAACAACGGCAUUGACGUCAAUGAGCUGCUGAAGGAUUUCCCAGACGAGCUCCGUGCUGACAUCGCCAUGCACCUGAACAAGGAGGUCCUGCAGCUGCCCUUGUUUGAGUCGGCAAGUCACGGCUGCCUGCGCUCCCUGUCUCUCAUCAUCAAGACCUCGUUCUGUGCACCGGGGGAGUUCCUGAUCCGCCAGGGCGACGCACUACAGGCCAUCUACUUCGUGUGCUCAGGGUCCAUGGAGGUGCUCAAGGACAACACUGUGCUCGCCAUCCUGGGGAAGGGAGAUCUCAUUGGCUCUGACUUCCUGACGAAGGAACAGGUGAUCAAGACAAAUGCCAAUGUGAAGGCGCUGACCUACUGUGACCUGCAGUACCUCAACCUGAAAGGCCUGCGUGAGGUGCUGCGGCUCUACCCAGAAUACGCCCAGAAAUUCAUAACAGAGAUACACCACGACCUGACCUACAACCUGAGAGAGGGCAGCAACACAGAUGUGGAGAGUGAGGUGAACGGGGGUCUGAUGAAGAAGCUGCCCUCUAUUCUGGAGGAUGAGGAGUGUGAGGAUGACGAGCACUCAGCCCUCUCCCGCGCCCCUCGCUCUCCUCUCAGACUGAGCCGGGCGCUCAACUCCCCCCUGCUGCCCCCCCGCCCCUUCCGCAUGCCCCCUGAGAGCAACAAGCCCUCCAAGCUGCAGAUCCCAGCCGUCAGCUUCAGCAUCCCGCCAGAGCUCAGCCCCAGGUUUGUCGACGGCACUGAGACGAACAGCAAUGUUGCUUUUGGGCAGAAAUUUGAGUUUAACUCAGACAUGAUACUGGGCAUUAACUCCACCCCCCCGACCCCUACCCCAGGAAACAGUGACGAGAGCAGACAGAGCAUCAACAAGCUGAACCAGGAGAUCUGUGGUCUCUCCCAGCAGGUGACCCAGCUGAGCCGUGACCUGCAGGAAAUGAUGCAGCUGCUGAAGCCCCACCUCCUGAUCCCCAGCCCCCCCUACAGCAGCUCCCUGCCCGCUCCCUGCCUCUAUCCCAGCAGUGUGCAGCCUGGCCCCUGGUCAACCACUUCCUCUCGUCUGGUCUCUGGAGGGGCUGAACACAGCAUCCACACCUCCCUGUCUCUGGACUCCUUCCUGCCUCCUAUCGGGAAGGGGCUCCCCACUCACCCCUCCACAGACUCUCUGAGGAUCCAGGCAGGGGACCUCCUGGGGGGGCUGCUCCUCUCCUCGCCAGCCAAUGGGGCCAGCCCCCUAGAACUGUUCCAGAGGGGGACGCAGAGGCCAGGGCAAACCCAGACUGACUGCAUCCAGUUCAUUGAUGAAGAGGGGACCACUCUGUAAAGACUAGAGACAAGACUAAAGAGACCACGCUCAUGCAGACAGACACAUACAUUGAAGAUGCUGCUGCUGUUUCUGCCAGUGCUGCCCUCCACAUUCUCAUCUCCAGUUUCUUCACUUUUUCUAUCCUCCGAUGCAGGACAGCUCACAGGCAGGCUGUAGACAGGCAGUCAGUGAGACAGGCAGACAUGCAGCCUCACAACAAGGGGGACAGGGGGUUUUGAAUUAGAGCACCCCCUCCAAACCACUCCCUUACAACACCUCCAAAUAAAAAUGGAUUAAAACAAAACCACAAGUGGGAGACUCCAGUGCAAUGUAGUAGUGAACAAGUGUCGCUGGCACUGCCAUCACAAAUACUCUAUUGAUGCCCAUCAGCUUGAAAUCCAAGCCUCUUGUACUGAAGCUUGCUAUAGCAGCCCUGAUGUAGCGGUGAGGGGAGCAGCUGGUCUCUGGGCCCUGGCUGUCUGUUCAGUGGUGUCACUCUGGAGGAGGCAGGGGGUCAGCACCCUCCUCUCCCUUUGCUUCUGACAGAAGGGGCAGGAAACUUCUGAAUUUUGCUGAUUAAUAGGGGAGAGGUGGCAAUUGUUUGGUUUUUUAUACAUUCACUUACCUGUAUUUAUCUUAUUUAUUUGCAUGAAGUGAGAUGAUGAAAGGGAUUUGUGAAAGGGCCGUGGGAACAGUGCAGCACUAAGACACACCUGCAUGCACACAAACACACCAGCCCGUGAUCGUGCUGAAUCGCUGCCAACCCUGCAUUGCCACGGCCAGCGGAACACAGGCAGGAUGAGAGGUUAUUUUUCUACCUUUGUUACUAAAACAGAAAAGCUUUAUUAUUUAUUAUUGAUGUUUGUAAAACAGUUUUUGCUCUGUGUUUUGCCGCCUUGUUGUUGGAGCAUGACUGGAGUCCGGAUCUGUCUUUCUGUGUUUUUAAUGCCUGCUAGCUGAGCCCCGUGGCAGCUGUGUUGGCCUCUUCAGGAGAGCCUGUGGUCAGCAGGAGCCGAGGAAGGUUUCUGUAACGAAUUGCCUUGGAAGUUGGGCUCAAACUGGUUUAAUACUGAUCCUCAAAGCAAACCACCCCCUGCUCUUCCCUUCAGUGGCAGGGUUGCAAGUGCGGAAUCCUGGGAGGGUGUUCCGUUCCACUCCUGCUGUAGGAAAGCUGAGCUGCAGGACUCCUGUCCCUGAGGUCUUACUUUUGAUCAGACAAUGAAAGUUCCUAAAAGUUUCAAACCUAGCAAAAAAAAAUAUAUAUAUUUUAAAAAUCAUAAAACAGGAUGCAACCAUUUCAAUGGGAUGCAGUGUUACACAUUGAUUGGACUCUUUCCCCAUCAGUUUUAUACCACGUGCUUUUUUUGCAGUAAAAACAAAAUCAGGUCAAACCGAAUAAGAGUUGACCUCAUCAUCUUAACAGCAACAUGCACCUCUUGUUCCGGUUGUGUGCCAGAGAUAAAGCUUCAGCUGCCCAGCCAUUCGUGCCUUCCCUGUGAUGUACCAAAUGUGUUCAGUCCUUUUUAUUGGACGACGGUUUUUACUGUGCCUAAAGUGAGUUGCAGGGUGCAUGUUUCAGUGUUCUGGGCGGUUGCAAUUCCUUUAUGCAAUCAUAUGCACUUCACUGUCAUAUCGUCCCACACGUUUAUUUUACUGUGAAGAGCGGGUCCUGAAAUGUGCUUGUUUAAAAGAUAACAGAGCCCACUGUCCCAAUCUAAAUGCACCAGCAGCCGAUGUAGAGGGUGCUCCGAGUCACAGAGUCCUAUAUUCAUCAGGCCGGCGUGACUGCAUGUGUUCGAACCUUCCUGAGGGGUGCGGAUCAAGCUGCUGGCUGCUGUGACCUUCCUUCUGAUUAAAAUGAAGCAGCUUACUUCAGGUGAAAAGACAGGUCCAGUGUAAGUGGUGGCCCUUAACAUGGUGAUGGUGUGAAGUUCUAAUGCACAAUUUGUCUUUGUCUCAAAUGGCUGGUUUCACAGACUACAAAUACCACUAAUCUUGGACUACCUUGCUAGGUAAUGUUGGAUAUUCCCGGAUUAGCGCUAAUCAAGAUGUGUGAAACCAGCCAGAGUCUAACCCUACCACUACCGGCAACAUUAUAACCACACAAGACUGAUUACAUGAUCAAACAGUAAUUAACAAAUUGAAGCACACCCACCUUUGAAAAUCAGAUGAUUCACGAGAAAGCGCGUAACAAAUUCAGACUAGUCUGCUAUUGUAACUGUUCCAGCUUCCCACUCAUAUACUCAUUAGGGCUGCUGCGAUUAAAUCGAAAAUCGAUUUUUCAAUCAAUUCCAUUCCUCAUUACAUAUAUAGAGAAAAAUACUGGAUAAUCAAUUCAAUAAUUACAUUUUUGUAAUGCGCAUAGUUAAUAACAUUUAAGUUUAUCAGUGAAACUGCGCCGAACGUCCUGCCUUGCUAGUUACAGUAUUUCUGCCAGACAAGCAGUGGGCGUGCUCUUCUCCUCCUGCUCGUGUUAUCUCAUUUGCUGGUCCCAUCCUGACUACCAGCGAAUCAGUUUUGAAAAUGCUUUGCAAGUAUGUGCCCCUCUGUGUAUUCGAAGUAAACAAAAAACACACCCCCUUGGAUCCACAGCAGGAUGACAAACGUAUUCCUGGCUAACACGUAAAUAAAUUGAGCACACUGAAGAAACUGACUGUAUAUAGCUGCGCUUCUUUGGAGUUUGAAAAUGAACUGUAUGUUUACCUUUUUUUUUUUAUGAUGUAGGGUUUCCUGAUUGAUGACCACAUCUAGUCGUGUAAGUACAGCUGAUAGCACAUGUUUAUGCUGGUACUCCUACAGUACCAUGCGCAAAGCUGUAUUACAGUUAAUUACCCCUCGCAUUCCACUGUCAUGCACAAGCUUUACUGAACAGCAGUGAUAUUAAAAUAAUCACGUAGGUGGGGGGGGGGGGGGAUAUUUUUGUGGGCGGUACAGUCAUCAAUAUUUUUUCAAACUACAUUUUCUGUGCCCAAUUAAUCGAUUGCUAUUUGGAAUACUGUUUCAAAUAGGAAGGAUGUAAUCUGGAAUAGGAAGAAAAUACAAUUUCUACAAAAAUAUAACUGCCCAAUCAAUGAGUAACACUUCAACUCUGCACAAACCAUCUACUGUCUGGUUAACAGCCCCUGAAGAGCACUUCUCUUGGACUUCCUACUGUUGCCUUAGGUAAGCUAGUCCAAGCUUAGCUCCUAAUCAGGGUGAAGGAUCUGAAUACCCUUAUGAAAACAGGAGGCAGAAGAAUGUAUGUGAACCCUAACCCACUGUCACAGGGCAUGACCUGGGUGCACAGUGCUACUGGAGUGAACCAGCCCGGGACUCCUCAAGACACAUCCCAAUCAGAGACGAUGCAUAUCCCCACUCACCCAUCCCAAUCCCACAGGUAUCCUGAUAUUCACACAAUGAGCAGCUACACUGGCCUCCUGACUGGACUGCUGGAGCCGUACAGACCCGGUCUACUGCAUGAGGCAUGUGCCUGCUUUUCUGUGGGGGGGUGGGUGUAUUUUAU